AUGGAGUCAGAUAUCAUGCCCUUCCACUCGUCUUCCCCUCCUCCACUGGAUGAUGACGACGGAGAGGUGGGAUCAGAAGAGGACGAGUUUGGGGAGUUUGGAGGAUUCUCUGACGGGGGGUCCUACUCCUCUCUUGGCUUCGCUGAUUCUACUGAGCCACCCUCCAGACUCAGACAGCCUUCACCCACCAUAAAAACAGCCACCCGUCAACCCAACUCCAGCUUUAACCCUAACCCAGCUGAACAAUCCCAACCCAAAUCUACUGGUAACUCAGGGUCCAGCAGGGGCCAGCAUAGUAACACCCAAUCACCUUUUCACCUCACGAACGGUUACGCAGAAAAGAACCACAUCUCUGGGACCCACACUGCUUCUAUAUCAGGUGCUUGCUCUCCUAAAGAGGAAACAGGGUUUGCUGAUUUCACUGUGUUUACAGAGCAGGCAGCACAUCCUUGGUGCUGUGGCUUCUCUCCUAUGAGCAGCACAGAGCAGUGGGGUGGCGGAGUAGGAGGGACAAACGGUUUGGGUGAAAAACUCUGUGAUCCAGGACAUGGGAUAGUUAUGGACUCUGAGCCUAGAUCUCAUUGUACAAAUAAGGCUCGAGAAAACGGCUGCACCGAGGUCAAGCACUGUGAGGAAAGAGAUGCGGCCAUUGUGCAAUCAUCUCAGGACCACUGUCAGUCUCAGGAAGCUGCAGCAGCAACAGCUUUUGAUUAUCCAUCUUAUUCUAGGGAUGAGGAGCAAGGCAAGGCAGCAGACAGCCAGAGGAAAAGGAGGCAUCAUUUCAAUUCUGCAGAGGAAGAUGGAGAAGAUCGAGAGAACAGUGUUUCCACGGUGCCCCAAACAGUCAGUGAGUAUGAGUCUGCUACAGAGGACCUGGGAUCCUGCUGUGAUGACAUUUCAUUUGAGUGUCCCUCUGAGGAUUUUGAGCCAAAUGUUUCGUCUUUGGCUUCGCGAGAGGAUCAGACUGACGUGGACCAGACUGAUGCCGAGGAAGAAGAACUGGGAGACUACAGUUACACGACUAACCUCAGACCGUCACAGUCAGAGGCAGAGAAGGAUUCUCAUCAUCACUGCGACCAAUCUGCAACUCAGGAAACUUCCGCUACCUCCAAACAGUCCUGUGCAACAUAUACAGACGGUGAAUUUGCAGACUUCGAAGGUGGCACUUCUGAGCCUCACAGCGAUGGUGACCACGCCCAAACAGCUGAGGUAGGGGUGCAGAUUCUUGGGAGCCUCCCGCCGAGUGAUAGCUUCGCAGAUUUCUGCUCAGCGCCCACGCAAGAGGAUGUAGAUGGGUCGUGGGCGGAGUUCAAGGAGCAGAGGGCUCAGGAGGAGGGGAAAACUUGGACUCAGUUUAGAGAAGUCAGCAGUCUGCAGAUGGAUGGGGACUCUGAGGAGGAGGACCGGAUGGGACAACACAGGAAGAGCUGUCAGGCUUCACUGUCCUGCCGUGUCCAGCAGCUCCUCCAGGCCAGUUUCCCAGAGGUCGUGGUCCCAGCUGUGGAGGAGGAGGUGGAGGAGGAGGAGGUGUCCAGCCUCAGUGCUUUGUUUCAACCACAAUGUUUCCCUGAGAAUGAUGAAGAGGCGAUACCAGACUCGUGUCCCAGAGCUCAGGGGGCUCAGCUGGGUUCACAGUGGUCUCAGCAGGACAUCCACAAUGCAGUUGGCCUCCGGUUUCAGUGGGGUGGUUCCCAUACAAACAGGACUCUGCUCAGGUGCCUUGGUGUGGACACAAGGAACGUUGUGUUCAUUGGCAUGAAGAAGCAGCCAUUGGCUGUGCCUGCUUUUGCAUCCAGCCUGGGAAUGCUAGAGCCCACCAAAGACUCUGUGCCAGCUGUCAGUUCUCCAAGACACACAGUGGUCACAGGACAAGCACCUCCAGGGCCACCGAACAUACCGGACCCCUCAACAGAAUCAAUGCAGGAGGCGCUCCCUUCCAGCCAGCUGGACUGGAGCAGACGUGGCCUUAGCAGCUCUCAGGACGGCUGCUCUGCUCUCAACUUGGAUUAUUUUGGUCCUGAGGAAGGGAACAGAUCCCGCAGCAGCAGCAGCAGCCGGAGCAACACUCCUCCUCCAGGAGUGGACCGUGAACUGUAUGAGUUGACCAUCAGCAAACUGGAAAUUAGCACUAACAGCAUCUGCGUAGAGGACACUAUGAAUCGCCUGUUGUCCACAGCAGAGAAGACGAGUACUUCAGUCAGGAAACCUCAGCAGAAUGAAGAGGUGACUGCAGAGGCCAGCAGGCUGAUCUCUGGACUGCCUGACCUGUCUUUCAUGCAGGCCAAAGUCCUCAUGUUCCCAAGCAUUCUCAUACCCAAAGAAUGA